UACAGUACUUCUCAUGCUUCAGCAGCUCAAUUAGCUUGUUGCCGCGCAGGUAAAUAUCGUCGUCGGCACGUAUGAACCAAUCGUAGUCGUCGACGUAGUGUUCGUACAUGUACUGCAUGACGGCAAACGCUUUCUUCAGCGGAGGAUACACGGCGUCGGGUACCCCGGGGAGCUUUAUUACGGGGAGGUGGGAAAGUUCAGAGGGGACAAUGCAAUCCUCCCCCACAAAAAAGGCGAGCAUGCUCACGUCUUGGCCCCACGUUUCGAACAUUGCCUUGGCCCGAGUGGCCAAGUACAUCUGUGAGGAGAGGACACCCACAAACAGAGUCUUCCUCAAACGGUACUCCUGCCUGAGGUGCGUCGGGUGCUCCAGGCGGAUCGGCUUCCCGGUGUGCUUAGGGGCAAACUCGGAAAAGAGAUACUUUUUCGUUUCCAGGUUCUCCAGAUCGAACUGCUUGGGCUCGGCGGGUUCCGGGUCGGGGAAGAGAGGCGGAGGAGGAAACUCGGGCUCAUGGAAACGUUCUCGGGAGCGGCAGGCGGAGGUCCUAGAGUCGCUGGCCAGGAAGAAGAGAAGGGAGAAGACUAUGCCAACCAGAAGGCCUCCCGCGAACAGCAGCAAAGACGCAGCUCUCAUAACGAGGCCGGUUUUAGACUCCACGCUGCCCGGCGGGUAGCCGUGAAGCUCUGGUUUAGGCGUG